GGAGAGCGCCUGGGCAAAGCUCAGAGGCUGGGGGUGCGGGACUCAAAACCCACUGUGGAGAGCCCAGCGGGCGGGAGCUGGGGCGCACGGUGGGGCCCUGCCGAGGGCCGGAAGGGCCCGGUGCCAGCCCCGGCUCCGACGGGACGCCCUCUUCCCUCCGCAGCGCGGGAGAAUGCCGCCGCCAGCGAAGGAGGGUGGGCGCAAGGAACCGCGGGAGCGAAGCGGCAAGAGCGCGCCAGGCGCGGCGCGGGGUGAGGGGCGCGCCAAGUGGGCGCCCGCGACAGAGCCCCCCAAGCCGGGCUGGGCCCUGACGCCGCAGGGACUAGCGGCCAUGCCCCCUGCGCAGCGUCACCGCCAUCUGCUCUUCGGCGACCUGCUGGACGACGUGGGCGCGGCGGCCUCCACCUUCCCGUGCGGGUCGGUGGAGCCAGGGUACCGCAUGCCCGACCCGCGCACCUGGACGCAGUCGCUCGAGCUGCCCGCCGAGCGCCAGAACCGGCUCCUCGGCGUACUCAAGGCAGCGGAGGCCGGCGGGCGAGUCCGCGCCCUGCGGCUGCGCUACACCCGCAUGCGGGCCGAGGAGAUCGCGCUGCUCAUCCAGCGGCAGAAGUCCGCGCGCGCCGCCAUCCGGCUGGAGCUGUUCCUGCCGCCGCAGCUGAAGCCCACGCGGAUCCCGGACCCCCUGGACCGCCAAGAGCGGAGGCGCGUGGAGACCAUCCUGGAGGAGAACGUGGAUGGCAGCAUCUUCCCUCGGUGACGGCGACCCAGAGUGUGCGACGCGCCCCAGCCUCCCACAUAAAGUUAUAAUUCUCCGAA